AUGCGCACUCCGGACCCUCCCUUCCCCUCCCUCCACCUCCACGGCGACCGCAAGCGACGGCUCUGCCGCCCAAUGGCGGCGAGGGGGCGGAGCCCUGGCGGCGGCUUCCCGUUGGCCCGGGCGGGGAGGGCGCGGGGUCAUCGGGUGCUCCAAGAUGGCGGCGCCCAGGCGGUGAUCCGGGAGAGCGGCGGCGGGGCCAUGGCCGCGUGGCUGCGGGGCGCCUGGGCGCUGGGGGGCGCCGUGACCGGCAGAGGGGCCUGCCUCCGCGGGGCCCCGGGUGUCAGCCCUUUUCUUCAAGCAUGCAGGGGUUAUGCCAGGCCUGCCCGGAAAAAGAAGAUGGCCCUACCCAGCCAUCUGGAUGACCUGCCUCCUACGAUGCUGAGGAAGGACUAUGCCAACCUCCCAAUUAUGGACAAGGUGGAUGAUGUCGUGAAAAGGUUGCUUUCCCUGGAAAUGUCAAGACAGAAGGAAAAACUGAAAAUAAAAAAAGAGCAACUGGCAGACAAAGUCCGGCAGUCCCCAAAUGACAACGGCUCCUUAGAGGUUCAAGUUGCAUAUUUGACGGCCAAGAUUCGCACAAGCCAGGAACAUAUGCAUAUGCACCCGAAGGACAAAGCCACCUACCGCUGCUUGCUGAUGGCCAUCGACCGGAGGAAGCAGCUGUUGGGCUACCUGCGCAGGAGUCGCUAUGACGUCUUUGAGAAAACGUGCAAGGAGCUGGACAUCGAAUAUGUGCUCCCAGUGCAGUAUCGCCAGCGACGCAGCCGGCGCUACCUGAUCAAGAGGGAAUUGCGCCAAAAGAUCUUGAAAGAACUGAGGAAAAAGGAACUCGAAAAGCAAGAGAGUGAGGCAAAGCAGGAAGAACAGCUGAACGAAGGCACUCCGGUCUGAGCAGAAUCUGCCCUCCAGGGCCACCAUUCCUGAGAAUAAUCCCCAAUAAACUGUUCAACUGUCAGCGCUCCCUCUGCUUG